AAUGGCGAAUGUAUAGCGGUUUGCGGUAUGUAUCGCUGAAAACAUGAGCGUGGAAUUAGAUUUACAAGUGAAUGUGCGCUUUUUCGCAAAAUUAUGUCACUUUAUUCGAAAAGCGAGAAACUGAAAACUAAGGUGGACGAUAUGGACACAUCAAAUUUUGAGAGUCUCAAGGUGUCGGCCUUAGAGAAAGCAUCGCGAAUAUCAGCGAUGAUGAAUUGUGUCACAAUUAAUUCUCAAUCGGUGCCAUACAAAGAAGACUCGGAUAAACUGGAAAAUAUUGAGAACGAGCAAAAUUCCUGUAAUAUUAAAAGUCCAGAUGAAACUAAUACUAGUCCUAAGCACAAUACGAUAGCUGCAUCAAAUGGCAUUCACUUCUCAAUCAAGAAAAUUCUUUUGGAAAGUGAAAAGCAAAGAAAGGAGGAAGUCAGGAAAAAGAUUGAGUGUCGUAUUAAUCAAAUGAAGGAAAAUGGUCGUGUCAUCCAAAAACAAAUGGCAAAUUCGCGCUCGAUAAUGGCACGUGAGCGUGAACGUCGGAAUGAGAAAAAUUUGGCAGAUAUUAUGGCUGAAAUUGAGCAAAUUGCAGAACAAGAGGAAAUUAAGAGGCGACAUGAACAGCAACUACAAGCACAACGUGCUCAAGAACAAAAAGAAAAGCUUGAACGAGAAGUAGAGGAAUACCGGAAGCGAAUGAAAGAAAAGGAGGAACUGACAAAGAUUGUGAUGGUUUAUCGAGGCCAGUUCACAGCUAAAUACUGUGAUAUCGUAACAUUAUCCAAGAAUUGUAAAAACGAGCAUGCAUUAGAUGUGAUCCUCAUGGCAAAUACCGCGAGAUUAAAGGAGCUGAUUCAACAUAUCGAAGCCUUAGAUGAGAAAAUCAAAAGUGGAGAAUUAGUAUCUACAGAUGUAAAUGUUAUCGAAAAUCUGGUUCAUCACAUAGAUGAUAUAGUGAAUAUAUUUCGAACGGAAGUAGAAAAAAUAAAUGCUGAAUAUGAUGCGGAAUUGGCUCGUAAAGCACAAAUUGCAAGUGAGAUUCAAUCAGUUGUGGAGAGUGAAAAUAUUCCAGAUAGUAAUACGGAGUCUUCUCAGCAACCAGGUGAGAGUAAUGCUGUGGAGAACAGUGAAAGUAAAGACCAAAGUUCCACUGUGAUAACAAAUCAGGAAGCAGCUGCACCAAUUAAUGCAUUAUCCAUAUCUGCAUCCAAGCCAGAAGAUACAGCUGCAGAUUCUGAAUGCAAAGAAGGAAAUCUUUUCGAAUAUGUUGAUAAGGAGUCGUUGCAGAUUUACAUCAAAAGUCGAUAUUUCUUGAAUCUCUAUAAAAAAAAUUGCAAGGAUUUUUUACAAUCAACUGCCACGAAAAAAUUUCGCUUCGAGUGUCAGAAGGCAAUCAAUAUUCCGGUAAAUGCAAUCUCUGGUGUUAGCGAGCAACACUUGAGAGAUAAAUACGACAGACUGCAUAAUCUUCUGAUUGGAAAAUCAUCUCCCAAUGUGACUCAACAUCCACAAGGAGUGAUCUUCUGCAAGGAUCAUUUGGCAAAAAAAAUAGUUAGCCAAGGCGAGACGCUGGUAUCCAGCAAGCAAAUGGCAUUUCCUGUGGCAAUGAUCGUCGUAGCUCUCUGGAAUGAGCACGCAGAUUUUGGCGAACUUUUCCUGGCGCGUCUUUACGAGGCGUGUCCAUUCACUAUACCAAUCUUUCUGCUGCAACAAGAGGGCCAAUCCAAUGAGGAUUACUACAAAUCCCUUGGCUGCAAAUACUCUGAGGACGGUACUGUUGAAAAACAGGAUAAGUUCCUAAAGAGGAUGUCAGGUUUGAUGAGAUUGUACGCAUCGAUUACUGUCACAAGACAGCGGAAAGGUGUCACUAAGACUCAUCCCUAUGGUCUUCAGUAUGCUUGGAGAUGGUUGGCAGCUGUUUUGAAUAUUGAACCAAGAGUUGACAUUUGCGACUUGUGUGCGACUCUAAUAUUAGAUAUGCUUGAAGUUGCUGGGAAUGUAUUGUGGAGUGCCUAUCCGACGCAGUUUCACAAAUUGCUGAUGCUACUGUCGGAGCAGUACUAUCCGCGUAUGCAAAAUAUUGCGGGCGGUGGUGGUGGACCUCUAAUGCGGUUGGAAGAGUUUCUGAACAACGCUUUGGCGAAUGGCACUAUACGUCCGGCUGAUGGAAUGCUUCCGCCUAACUUUUUAUGAUCUAUAAGAUCUUCCCGACGACGUAAUGACUUAAAUGUAGGCUGAAGCUAUCACAAGUAUAGUAAACUACAGUAAGAAAUCUAAAUAAAUAUAAUUUUUUAAUUAUUUUGAACGUAAAAAAGUUUCAGAUCGCUUCGAGUAUUAUUUGAAGUAAAGUCUCAAACAUUUUGAAAAAUUUAAUAGGCUUUAAGAUUCCUGUUUUCUCAUAGCAGCCAUAUGAAAUUACGAUAACAGAAAUGAGAAAUCAUGUAAAUUUUUUCUUAUGAAAUAUGUUGAAUUAUAUUAGUUUUGUUGUAAGUCACACAAUAACAUAAUUUGUAAAAUAUAUUACAAAGUUUUUGGAUUAAUAACUUUGAAUUUUGAUUUUUCGUUUUAUGACGGUAUAUAUAAUUAUAUAUAUAAUUAUAUAUGACUGCAAUGAGAAACAAGAGCUUUAAAAAAAUCUUUAACUCAAAAAUAUUGAAGUGCAGAAUCUAAAAAUUCACAAACGGUAAAUUUUUCCCAAAAAUUUCAUAAAAUUGUGAAAAGUCAAGCUCUUUAGAUAUAGAAUUACAUCAAAAAUGAAAAAAAAGAAAAUUGAAUGCGUUAAUUAAGAUACAAGUCUAUUGUGUAUUGUUAUUGUUAUUUACGCUGUAAAUUGUAGAAAUUAUGUACCCUUUACAAAGUCGAUUUUGAAAAAACUUUAUAUGCAUCGAUCACGGAUCAGAACGUAUUAUUGCGAAGAGGAAGCGAAAAAGAAUGAAUGAGAAUGAAUGAGCAAGUGAGAGAGAAUCUUUUGUAACGAAUCAUGUAUAUAAUCGUUGAGGAUAAAUUUGUGAAUUCCAUUAUAUUUAUUUAGAUUUUUAA